AGCCAACUUAAUAGCCAAUUCAUACAAUAGUUAUAUACUACACUAUUAAUAUCUGUUCCCACCUGUCAUACAUACACUGCGUCUUGGAGUCCGUGCUACAGCUGGCUACAAAUCUGUAGCCCAUUGCCCUUCUCUCUCAUCUUUUAUCUCUUUAAAAUAUGUUUGCAGCUGGCUUAUAGCCUGCUAUUGUACCUGCUCUUAGGCUGUGUUUGAGGAAAAUGAGAUAGAGAAGAUUGGGAAGAUACGCAAAACGAGGUGAGUCAUUAGUACAUGAUUAAUUGAAUAUUAACUAUUUUAAACUUCAAAAAUGGAUUAAUGUGAUUUUUUAAAGCAACUUUUCUAUAGAAAAUUUUUGCAAAAAACGCACCGUUUAGUAGUUUGAAAAGCGUGCGUGCGGAAAACGAGUGAAAUCUCCCCUAUCUCUCCUGAAAGAACGCAGCCUUAGGCUGUGUUUGAGGGAGAGGAGAUUGAGAAGAUUGGGAAGAUACGGAAAACGAGGUAAGCCAUUAGCGCAUGAUUAAUUGAGUAUUAACUAUUUUAAACUUUAAAAAUAGAUUAAUAUGAUUUUUUAAAGUAACUUUCAUAUAGAAAUUUUUUGUAAAAUACGCACCGUUUAGUAGUUUGGGAAACGUGCGCGCGGAAAACGAAACAAACAUUCCCCCAUUUGUUCUCCAAACGAACGCAGCCUUAGUGUACAUCGAAUUGUCGUCAGCAGAAUUAAUUUGAAUGAUGAUCUAUCAAUGGAUCGAUCUGAUUAGUUUAGUUGCGUAAUACGCCACAGGCCAGCAGAGUAGUCAACUGGCAGCUAACAUACGUGUCACAUGACCAGUUAGCCGCAGUAGUCUUGAGCCGCCAAUUUGGAACUCUCUUGUGGUACUAGUAUAAAUUAAUUAUAUCGUGUGGAAAUUAUUAAGAUGAGACUGCAGCAGGCCAACAACCUGCAGAAUUCUUCUUCUUCCUCCAAUUCUUCUUAGCCUGGGUUUAUUUCACGCUUUCAAUUUUAGUUGAAAUUGAAACGAUGUGACGAAAAAGUUAGAAGUUUAUAUGAGUAGAAAAGUUUGAUGUGAUAGAAAAAGUUAAAAGUUUGAAAAAAAAAUUAGGAUCUAAACACGGUGUUACGCUUUUACGCGUACAACGACCGGCCACCUGCAGUACAUGCUGACCAUGUAAUAUACUAUAAUUUGCAAUUAAGCAGGCAAGCAGGUGUAAAUAAGCUUAAUUACUAUUUGAAAAUUAUAUUAUUACUUAAUUGAAAAGAAAACAGGUGCUAGUUUAAUUACCAGCUCCUCCUCUUGACGACAGCAGCAAAGGUGUGGCCGAGGCGGCGAGGCACAUAGAUAGGGGCGGGCAAGCUUGGCUUGGAUCGAUCUUGAGUGGAUAGAUCAACUGGAAGGGCGUAGCGGCAACGGCGUUGGGCGGGACCUAAGAUCUGACAUGUGUACGUGGCGAAGGGCAAAAGUACACGGCAUUGGAAUGGAUGACAUAUUAUCAAAUUUCUCGCAAAUGAUCGAGCAACCUAAGAGACAAAGUCAAUCGAAUUGAAAUGGUCCGCGUAUAGUGGAAGUGGGAUUGCACUAUACUCGUAUUAGGUAGAUGCACGGACGGACGUAAUACAAACGCUAGUUGACAGUUCCAAUUAAUCGUUCAUGCGACCCAAUUGAUUUAGUUCUAAACUUUCGCUCCAUACUACAACCUUCUCAUUUUUCUAUUAUCACGUUUUCUUAACCGCUAAACGGUGGAUUUUAUAUAAAAGAAAAAGAAAUACUCCAUCAUUUUACGUUAUAAGAUAUUUUUGACUUUGGUCAAAGUCAAAUUGUUUCAAUUUUAACCAAGUUUAUAGAAAAAAAUAGUAAUAUUUUCGACCCAAAAUAAAUUUAUUAUAAAAAUACAUUUAAUUAUUAAUUUAAUAAAAUUAAUUUGGUAAUAUAAAUAUUAUUAUAAUUGUUUAUAAACUUAGCUAAAUUUAAAAUAGUUUGACUUUGACCAAAGUCAAAACAUCUUAUAACCUGAAAUAGAGGGAGUAUAUUUAUAGAUUUUUUUAAAAAAAUAAAUCUAUUUUCUAAAUAUAUAAUAAUUCAUACUUACUUAAUCAAGCAUGCGUAUAUAUUUAGAAAUGGUCUGAUGGAUUGAGUGAGUCGUACUUAAGGACUAGAGCUAUGAGCAGUGUGAACGGAUAGACGUGCCAUCACAAAUAAUAUAAUGUAUUUAUUUUUUUAUGAAGAAAAAGAAGGAGCAAAAAUGAAAAAUAAGAAAAAAAGACAAUAAUAAUUAGUAGGAGUACCUACCAACCGUGGACUAGUAUUACCUGCUGACCAACCGACCUUGCAAAGGAGGCUUAUAUAUAUACUCCAGUAAAAGCUGCCUGUUUCAUCGAUCAUCGAUCACAGACAAAUUAAAGCAUACAGCAAUUGAUUCAGAGUAGUUAGCUUAACUAGCUCCUCUGCUUUAAUUAGUUUGCCCCUUCCAGGUAGAGUAUAUAUGGGUAGUAUAGGAGGAGUAGCGGUGGUGCUGGUGGGCAUGGCGGCGAUGCUGGUGGGCAUGGCGUCGGCGGCGACCUACAACGUGGGCGAGCCGGGCGGCGCAUGGGAUCUCACCACCAACUACACAAACUGGGUCGCCCAAAAGAGGUUCCAUCCAGGCGACCAGAUAGUGUUCAAGUACUCUGCUCAGCGGCACGACGUGGUGGAGGUGAACAAGGCGGGUUACGACUCGUGCUCCACCUCCACCUCCAUCGCCACCCACACCACCGGCAACGACGUCAUCCCCCUCACCUCCACCGGCACCCGCUACUUCAUCUGUGGCUUCCCCGGUCACUGCACCACCACCGGCACCGGCAACAUGAAGAUCCAGAUCGACGUCGUGCAGGCAGAUUCCUCCUCCGCCCCGGCGCCUGUGGCCACCACUACUCCCCCUUCGCCGCCCUCCUCCGCCGCCACCUCCCUCAAGGCCACCGCCGCAGCUGCCGUCCUACUCGCCGCCCUCCUCAUCAUGGCUUAAUUAAUUAAUACUCCUAGCUGCUAGCUUAUUUGUUUUCUUUUCCGAUCCUGAGAGAGCCAUGUAUACUACCAGUCCCAGCUAGCUUUUUGCUUGUAUCCUCAUCCAUCCGGAUUGAUUGUACUUAUAUGAUUAGUAUUUUAGUCUUUAGAGGAGGCAUUUGAUUAUAUAUAUGUCUAGUACUAUGUUGAUUAUCUCUCAUGCAUUAUUAUUAUUUAA